GGAUUAUAAUAUUGAUACUCUGCUGCUUUUAAUUUGGAAGAGAGACAAACCAGCAAGAGUGGAGAUGGCGACGUCGACGUGCUUCCUGUGUCCGUCUACGGCGAGUUUGAAAGGCAGGGCCAGAUUCAGAAUCAGAAUCAGAUGCAGCAGCAGCGUGUCGGUCAAUAUUCGAAGGGAGCCCGAACCUGUAACGACGCUGGUGAAAGCGUUUGCUCCCGCCACGGUGGCGAAUCUAGGUCCAGGCUUCGACUUCCUAGGCUGCGCCGUGGACGGACUCGGAGACAUUGUGUCGGUGAAGGUUGACCCACAGGUUCACCCUGGCGAGAUAUGCAUAUCCGACAUCAGCGGCCACGCCCCAAACAAGCUCAGCAAAAACCCUCUCUGGAACUGCGCCGGCAUCGCCGCCAUUGAAGUCAUGAAAAUGCUCUCCAUUCGAUCCGUCGGCCUCUCCCUCUCCCUGGAGAAGGGCCUGCCUUUGGGAAGCGGUCUGGGAUCCAGCGCCGCCAGCGCCGCCGCGGCCGCCGUGGCGGUGAACGAGCUGUUUGGGAAGAAAUUAAGCGUGGAGGAGCUGGUUCUGGCAUCACUGAAAUCGGAAGAGAAGGUGUCGGGGUAUCACGCGGACAACGUGGCGCCAUCGAUAAUGGGGGGUUUUGUGCUGAUCGGGAGCUACUCGCCGCUGGAGUUGAUGCCGUUGAAGUUUCCGGCAGAGAAGGAGCUGUAUUUCGUGCUGGUGACGCCUGAGUUCGAGGCCCCGACGAAGAAGAUGCGGGCAGCGCUGCCUACGGAGAUCGGGAUGCCGCACCACGUGUGGAACUGCAGCCAGGCAGGUGCUCUGGUGGCGUCGGUGCUGCAGGGCGACGUGGUUGGGUUGGGGAAGGCAUUGUCCUCUGACAAGAUCGUUGAGCCAAGGCGUGCCCCCUUGAUUCCUGGCAUGGAGGCUGUCAAGAGGGCUGCCAUUCAGGCCGGUGCUUUUGGCUGUACCAUCAGCGGCGCCGGCCCUACCGCCGUCGCCGUCAUUGACGACGAGCAAACUGGACACUUCAUUGCCAAACACAUGAUUGACGCUUUUCUCCAUGUUGGCAAUUUGAAGGCUUCUGCAAAUGUCAAGCAGCUUGAUCGCCUUGGUGCUAGACGCAUUCCAAAUUGAACCUUCUCUUCUCUAUCUCUAUGAUUUCAAGAACCGGAUUUCUUCCAACUUGCUCGUAACACUCUAAGUGCUGACCGGUCACAUGUAUUUGAAAUUUGAUCUGAUCAAUGAAGCAGCAUUCUAGUGUGGAGGUCUGAAUAAAAAGAGAAACAUUAAACCCAAGCUGGGAGCUCUGUUUGGGUGGUGGAAAUUUAAAUAGAUGAAUAAUUAUGAAAGACCUAGAUCAGGUCAGUGUUAUGGUGAACUCUGAAGCAUGUUUUAGAUUUUCUUUGCUUUGUUUUUAUCAUAUUUUUAUCUUGCUACUUGAGUUGACAAAGCUCAAAAAGAAGUCAUUUUUAGUAUUUUCUUGUUUCAUUAUGCUAGUUAAUCUUAGCUUUUGAAUAGCAUGUAUUGUUCCUUAAUAUUUCUCUUUAUCAUUUCACUGUCAAUGUUUUCUAAUUCUUUCUUGGUUAAAAUCUAAGAGUUUAUGUGGAUGGAGGCUUUCAUCACGGAUUUCAAUUCGAAAGCUCGUUCCUAGGAUAUAUGUAUGGUUGCUCAAAGAACCAUUGCUUUAUGAUGAACUGAAGAUCGAUCAUUGUUUAUUUA